AUGCACUUCCUCAAGACUGCCGUUUCUCUCACCCUCGCGGUGUUUGCUGCUGUUGCCACCGCCCAGACUACAAACACAAACAAGCCAAACUUUAUCACCAACCCUGCUGUUGGCGCCGUGUUCAAUGCCGGAGACACAAUCGAGAUUGAAUGGCAAAACCUUCGUGGGGACCAAGUCACCAUAGCUGUCAUGGAUGGCGCCGCCAGCGACCUUAAGCAAGUCCGAACCGUUGUCACAGGUGCCCCUAAUAAUGGCAAAUACACCUGGGAAGUCCCAGCGAACAUCCCAAGAAGCGGCACAUAUAGCAUCAGGAUCUCAUACGAUAACGACCCAGACCACUACAACUACUCUGACCGAUUCACCGUUCUAUCUAACGUUACCGCCGACCCUGUCACCUCUUCCGCUACUACUGCUGCCCCUGCAACCACCAGUGGCGCUGCCUCUACAUCGUCCAGGCCUUCCACCGCCAGCGAAGACGACAACGAAUCGUCGACCACCAUGCGUACUUCUACCUCCACCCGACGAACUUCCACCUCGGAAUCUACCGGUGAACCAACAUCCUUGGGCGCUCCACCAAGCGCUGGAACAAGCACUCUCUCCAGCCCAUUGGCUGUCAUCAUGGCCGUUCUCGCUGCUGCCAUCUUCAUUCACUAG